UUUUUUCUUUCUUCAUCUUCUAUGAAUUUUAUGAUGCAUUACAUAUUUACGAAAUCCUCUGCAGUCUGUUCCGUUGCUUGAAAGCUUAUUGAAGAUUGCGGAAAUCGAGGUUUGUAUCUUUGGUUUGGAUCGGCUUCUCGAAUACAUUUGCUUGAUCAAAUUGCAAAAACCAUUCGAGUACUUAUUCUGUACAGUUCGGAAAAUGUCGAACAUAACUGUUUGCGCUCGAUUUCGGCCUUUAAGUUCAAAAGAGAGGCGAGAUCAUGGAGAUGCAGUGUGCAUUCAAUGUGUGGAUUCUGAGACAUUCAUUUUUAAGGACGAGAAGGCUGAAGAAUUUACAUUUAACUUUGAUAGAGUGUUCUACGAGAAAUCUGAGCAAACUGAUGUCUACCGAUUUCUUGCUCAGCCAAUCGUCCAAGAUGCUCUUAAUGCUGUUAAUGGGACAAUUAUCACCUUUGGACAGACUGGAGCUGGAAAAACCUAUAGUAUGGAGGGGCCUGGCAUACUAGAAUGUGAUGCAACAGAGAAGGGUUUACUUCCUAGAGUGGUAGAAGAAAUUUUUGAAUGCACUAAAUUUGCUGAUGAAACGAGCAAGUACACAAUCAAGUUAUCUAUGGUUGAGAUAUACAUGGAGAAAGUGAGAGAUCUUUUUGACUUAUCGAAGGACAACAUACAAAUCAAGGAGAGUAAAACACAAGGGAUAAUGUUAAAUGGUGUGAUUGAGAUGCCCGUAAAGGACCCUCCAGAAGCAUUGCUAACCCUAUCUAACGGCAUAGCCAACAGAGCUGUAGGAGAGACCCAAAUGAACAUCGCCAGCAGUAGGAGCCACUGUAUUUACAUAUUCACUAUUCAGCAAGAAUCAACAAAGGACAAGAGGGCCAGAACUGGAAAAUUGAAUCUAGUGGACUUGGCCGGAUCUGAAAAGGUGGAGAAAACUGGCGCUGAGGGGAGAGUUCUUGAAGAAGCCAAGACCAUUAACAAAUCACUUUCAGCUCUGGGGAAUGUAAUAAAUGCUCUAACAUGUGGACCAACAGGCAGAGGAAACCACAUUCCAUAUCGUGAUUCUAAGUUGACACGGAUUCUACAAGAUGCACUCGGAGGGAACUCACGUACUGCAUUGUUGUGUUGCUGCUCACCCAGUCCUACAAAUUCAUCUGAGAGCCUCUCAACCCUUCGCUUCGGUGCAAGGGCAAAGCAUAUAAAGACUUCUCCUCGUGUUGCAAAUGAGGAUAAAAGUAUCAGAGAGCUCGAAAAUUUCACUCCAAUAAAAAGGGAAUCACGCGAGAAACUUCUAAAUGAGUUGCAGGAGAGUUUGGAUAUGGAGCAUGUUCAAAUACUUGAGGAGUUGUUUAUACAAAAUGGAAUUCUAUUUGAUCCUUGCUCCAUUGAAGAGCCGGAAUUAGCCUAUGAAAAUGUUACUUCACAAACCAUUUCUUCGUUGCAGCUGGCUUUGGAAGAACUCUUGAGCACCAAUGUAGAGCUUAUGAAAGAGAACGUGGCUCUGAAGGCAAGAGUAUCCGCAGCUGAACUCCAUCAUGCGCCCAUCUCAAAGUCCACCUUACAGGUUAGUAUAUCUUGCCAUCUUCGUCUCUUUAGGGAUUGGUUCAAAUCUGUUUUCCAUUCCCCACCCAACCAUUAUACUUAGUUUCAAUUUUCAAACUACCUAUAUCCUCCCCUCC